AUGUCCAAAGAUUUAUUAGAAUCUGAUUUGAGCACAAUAUUUGCGUCGCUAAGGAAUACGGAACAAUUUUGGCGUAGACCGAGAAGUGAUUUAAAUUGUAUGACACACCAUUAUGGACCCGCAACAUGGUUUCUAACAUUAAGUCCUGGUGAAUGGUUGUGGGAAGAAUUAGGUGAAUACAUUCGUGAAGUAAAUGGAUGGUGUGAUACAUCGUUAAGCACCAGUGCACUUAUCGCUAAAGAUCCUGUGUCAACAUCGAGAUUUCUCGAUAACAUGUUUUGGGCAAUGCUUGAUUUUAUUUGUUCGGAAGAUAAUCCAAUUGGAGAGAGACCAGAAGAACUGGAAUUUAUGUCUCUUUACGAGUUCGCAAAAUGGUAUGAUAUCAGAAAAGCCAAACCACGAAAUAACAAAGGUGAAUUUUAUAAAAUGGGCAAUGGUUACUAUCUUAUACGACGACAGCGAGGAUAUCUUAUCAAUCAUUAUAAAUAUAAUAUUAAGAUACAACCGGAAAAUUAUUUCUUUUCAUUAUUACUUAUGUUUCAACCGUGGAACAAAUUAGAAGAUCUUAAAAAUGAAUGUGAUACUUAUGCAGAAUCAUUUCACAAAGUAAAACUACAUUUAACGGAAGCAUUAAAAUAUCACGAAAAGCUAGAAGAAUUGCAAGAAGCAUUUGAAGCUGCUAAACAGUUGGUUCAAGAAUGUUUAGAUAAAGCACAAAAACGUGAAUCACUGGAUGAUCCUGAUAAUCCGAUAGGUGUUGAAAAUAUAGAAGCGGGUGAAGCGAUGCAAGACUUUAAAGAUCUCGGUGAUAAGAAUAAUAUUCAAGAAAUUGAUGUCUCUGAAAUGAUAGGACAAUUAAACAUGGAUCAGAAAAGAGUAUUUGACAGAAUCAUUACCACUAUACAGUCAGAUAAUUCAAUAUUGCGACUGUAUGUUAGCGGAGAAGGUGGUACUGGAAAAAGCUUUUUAAUCAAAACUGUUACAUGUUGGAUCAAACAAAAUCUCGAAAAAGAUACUGCUGUAUCAGCACCUACUGGUAUAGCAGCGUUUAAUAUAGACGGCUUGACAGUUCAUAGAUUGCUUCAAUUACCUGUUGAACAUGGUCAUACUCCUAAAUAUAGAAAAUUGUCUGACCAUGUGUUACCAAUUCUGCGAACGGAGCUAAAGGAUGUUAUUCUUUUUAUAAUUGAUGAAGUAUCAAUGAUAUCUAAUUUGACUUUUAUGUACAUACAUCUUCGAUUGUGUGAAAUAUUUGACACAAGCGAUUGCGACGAUGGUUGGUUUGGAAAAAAGCAUAUUCUUUUGCUUGGAGAUUUACUUCAAUUACCUCCUGUACGUGAAGAUUUUAUCUUUGCAAACUUCUCAAAGGAAAUAGAUAAAUAUUUCGGUUGCUUAGGAGUUGCAAAUUUGUGGACAACAUUAUUUAAUUAUGAUGAAUUAACAAUUAAUAUGCGUCAGAAAGGAGAUGGAUCUUACCGUGAGUUGUUAUCGAGAGUUCGUAUUGGUUUACUAACAAAAUCCGAUUCUGACAUUCUACAAAAGAGAAAGAUAUCUUUUGAGGGAAAUUCCUUCGAGUCUAGAUUAAACGAAUUGUGUAAUUUUAUUAAUAAUAUGACAUCAGAUACUGUUUGUUUGCUGCCUACUUGUCACAUGUGUGAUGUUUUAAACGCUGCAAUGUUAAGUCGUAUUCCUUCGAAAGAAAUAGUAUUAGUUGCUGAAGAUACGGUCAAGUGUAGUCCAUAUGUAAAAAAGAAAGUGUUAAAGGUAUUGGAAAAUAAUGAUGAGGACAACUCUAAAACAGCUGGGCUUUCGAAACGUAUUACUAUAAAAAUUGGAGCAAAAGUUAUGAUAAGACGUAACAUAGAUGCUACUUUAGGUCUUGUAAAUGGCACGAUUGCUCAAGUGAUUUCGAUUGUACAAGAUAUAUCUACCGAUCGCGUAGAAAGCAUUAAACUUCUUUUACCAUCAGGUUCGGAAUAUUUAAUUCAAAGAGUAAGUGUUAAAUUUGAGGUAAUGGAUAGAGUGUAUGUUAUUAGAGAUCAAUUUCCAUUGUCUCUGAGUUAUGGAAUUACUAUUCAUAAAAGCCAAGGAUUGAGUUUGCAGAAUGCUAUUAUGGAUAUAGGUAAUUCUGUAUUUAGUCAUGGUCAAAUUUACGUUGCUUUGUCACUACUAACAUCUUUAGAUGGGUUACAUUUGAUUAAUUUUAAUCCUUUAUCUAUAACAGCUAAUGAAGAAGCUAUUAUUGAAUAUAAUCGAUUAAAACGAUUAAACAAUGCAGAAACAAAAACUAUUUCUCUUGUAAAAGAGCGAUAUUGUAGAAUAAAAGAUGUUUUAUGGGCAGUGCCAAAAGUAGUUAAUUCUAUUCAAGAGUCACAUGAGAAGGUUCGAAAAAAUAUUACUUGGAACAUGUAUGGUUUCCAAAAUGUAGAUGAAGUUUCAUGUUAUGCAAAUGCAGUAUUACAAUGUUUGUUACAUUUAAAUUCUAUUAGAAAACAAAUAGCCGAUUAUGAUAAACUAAACGAUUUAAAUGUAUUAAUGUGUCAUUAUGAAAAUAAAGUGCACAACUUGAAUACAUACGUUAUACGGCAAUCUUUAGGAGAGUAUUUUUCCAAAAGUGUUAAACGAGAUGCAUGUGAAUUCUUUACAGCUCUAUGUACAAAAUACGAUAGUAUAAAAAGUUUAAUAGAGCAUCAAGUUACUACCAUUAAACAAUGCAAAAGUUCUCUGCUACACAUUCAAACUGUUACGCCGUCAUACGGUGAGACCGCGGCACGCGCGGUUCACGUGAGCGACUUGAGUGCUGAUGUGCGUGUGCUCUCGAAAACGGAGUAA